AUGUGUCAGGCUUUGUAUGUUUAUUUGGUGCGCCAUGCGGAAUCCAAAAACAACAGCCGUGAGCUGCACGACCUCCGAUCGUCGGUCAACUUGCCAACAACGCCAUCCGCCAGCACCACCGCGCGGGCGUUUGGCAGAGGAGGUGAGAGCGUUGCUGCCGAUGUUUUCGCCAAGAUCGACGAGGAGGACGACAAGACAGGGCAACAGAUGGCCGAGCAGUCGGUGUCUUUGCUGAGCUCCCCUCGGCCAAGUCGAGAGCCUGAUCCUGGUUUGACAGAUCGCGGCAAAUCGCAAGCAGAGGCGGUGGCCCGGCUACUCAGAACAAUCCGGGACGACCCAAAGACGGAGCCAAGGCUCCAACCGCGACUGCUCUUCACUUCUGGAUUUCUCAGAGCCCUUGAGACGUGCUAUCCGAUAGCGGAGAGUUUGCAGACGGCCCCAGAACUACACUCGGAUCUCCACGAGGAGGGGGGCGUCUUCGAGGGACCAAGGAGAGGAGUUCGGCGAGAGUCCUAUCCAAUGCACCAUGGUCUCAAUGCACAGCGAAUGUGUGAAGUUCUUCCCUCACUCAAAGUGACGGAGAGCGUCCCUGAGCAGGGCUGGUGGCCCGGAGGAGUAGAGCAGCCAGCAGCGGCAACUGAUCGCGCACAUCGAUGUGCGGAGUGGCUGUGGAAGUUAGCCGAAGAGCAAGGCGCAGAAGAAAGCCGGAGUAGUGAAAGUCCUGGGGCGGUCGUCUGUGUCACCCAUGGCCUUUUCAUGGAUCGGCUACUGAAGGCUUUGGCAGGGCUAGACCCUCAUUUGGGCAGUGUCCUUUUCAUGUCCUUUAACUGUGCAUACUGGCUGGUGCAGCUGCGCCUCAACCACGACGAACAUACUCCAAGGAUAGCUGUCAUGGCAGCCUGCAAUGUAGUCGACCAUGUGCCUAUGUCAAUCAGGACCGGGCACAGCAUGUGUGGCAUCUCCCACUGCCAGCCUUCGUAUGCUACAAGCUGA